CAGCGAAGUGUGCGACAGCCUUGGGCAGCGCCAGUGCCUGCAAGGGGGAGCAGCUCCUCAUCCUCGGCUUUCCCCAGCCCACUGAGGAGUGCGGACAUGGCCACAGAGACAGAGUGGAGCUGCCCCAUCUGUCAGGAAGCUCAAGCUGAGGUCACUUAUGUGAUGCCCUGUCGCCACCAGUUCUGCCUGGGCUGCAUCCUGCGUUGGGCAGAGAGGAAACCAGAGUGCCCCCUCUGCAGAGGACUGAUCGAGACUGUCAGGUUUUCUGUGCGGGAAGAAGACGACUAUCUAGAGUGGAUCAUCGCAUCUCGCGAAGCGUCGCCAGAUGCCAUCAGCCCAGCAGGCGGAGCUCCCAGCCGCCUGGCUGGAAACAGCCCCCAGCGCCCCACAGUGUCCCCUCCAUCUUCUCCGCAGGGGGCCCUGUCCCCAGCUGAGCAGGGGGCUGCAGAGCCAGAGGCCGUGGGCGGCCUCCUGCCCGAUGUCUGGGCAGAACUUUUCCAAAGAUGGGAGCAUCUCCUUGAUCCCAUGCUGCCCUGGCUGCGGCAGGAGCUGGAGGCAAUAUAUGGGGCCCGGUGGUGGCACGUAAGGAGUGUGGAGAGCAGCAUCCUGCACGCCCUGUGCGUCUACGGCCCCAAUGAGGAGGCCAUGGUCUGGGUGCUGCAGGGCUGCCUGGAGGAAUAUACCACGCCGCUGGUCCAGGGCAUCAUCAACAUCAUCGUGUGCCGCUGCAGCCAGGAGGCCCGGAGGCUGCUGCGCUCCUAUGCUGCUGGGGACGAGGACGAGAGCCCUGCGGCCAGCUCCAGCUCCAGCAGCCCCAGCAGUUCCUGGGGGAGAACUUUUGGCUCCAGCCUGGCCUCCCCCAGCAGCAGCCCUGCCGGCUCCGGCGCCACGGAGGAUAUAGAGUAUCCAGGAGCAAAGCGUAAAUAG